CGUCAAGCAGAAACAGGACCGUACGGUUCGUCCUAGUUUCGUCACAAUGGUUCUGGCCCUUCCAUAGAGGAUAUAUUUGCCGAAAUAAUUAACUGGAUUUUGCUAUUAAACUUCAGAGCACUGCAAUCAGAGAUAUAUGCUCGGCGCGUGGAUAGCACCGGGCGGUGGUUUCUCCAGUCAGAACCGUUUCUUCGUUGGGUUGAUGGGAUGGAGAGUUGUCUAUGGUGUCCAGGCAAUCCCGGCAUAGGGAAGACUGUUCUCGCAUCUAUCGUGACAAACCAUUUGCAAACGAAGGGAUCCCCUGUUUUGAGCGUGUUCUGUGACUACCGCAGUUAUAUUUCUGAUUGCGUCAAGGCCAUCUAUGAUGAUCAUCAUCGACUGGACACCAUGCCAUCCCUUGACCAGCUACGCUCUUACUUUUUUCGGGAACUGCAACAAUAUGAGCGCGUGUCUAUCGUUGUCGAUGCUCUGGACGAAUCAAAAGAUGAAGAUCGCGGUCUUCUUGACCACGUCAAUGGUCGUGGUGAUCUUCGCAAUGAUAUCAUCAACGGUGUCAUUGGAAAAGCGAAGGGCAUAUUCCUCCUCGCUUGUCUCCACGUGGAUUCCCUUGCCAAAGCCACCAAUCGCAGACAUCUGCGCAACGCUCUUGCAGAACUGCCUGAUACUAUCGCCGACGCGUACAUUGAGGCAUUGCGGCGCAUUGACAGUCAAGGGAAGCACCGCAAAGAGCUUGCGUACCGUGUUCUCUCAUGGAUCGCAUUUGCGAAGCGUCCUUUAAUGGUUUUGGAACUCCAGCAUUCUUUCGCUGGUGAACGGGGUGUACAAGACUUGGACGUAGAGAAUAUCACCGAGAGCGACGACUUUAUGUUCAGUUUGUGCUGGGCUUGUAAUCAUCGAGCUUGUAACCCCCAUUGAAUCGGACUACCCAGACGAUCCCCCAUCACCCACGUUUUGUUUCAUUAUAUAACGCAGGAGUUCUUCGAA